AUGCAACUUUUGCGAGAGCUGGUAUAUGAUGAAAAGGAUUAUAGAAGAGUUAGAUUUGUUGGACGACAAAAGGAGGUGAACAGGAAUUUUGCAAUUGACUUAAUAGCAGAGCAGCCUGUGAGUGAAGUUGAAAGCCGAGUGAUAUCAUGCGACGGUGGUGGUGGAGCUUUGGGACAUCCUAAAGUAUACAUAAACUUGGAUAAAGAUACAAAAACCGGAACAUGUGGCUACUGUGGACUUCAAUUUAAACAGAAGCAUCACUGAAAGAUCAUCCCUGCAUGUGUGUAGAUUUCUGCAGAGAUUAUGUUUAACUAUAAAUAAACAAUAUAUUUAAAA